AUGUCGGCCAGAGAAAUAAGGCAAUCACUCAUGGAGACACCAUUGAGUAAAGAACAUCAAAAUUUGAUACUAGCUCAGAAGAAAGAAGAAUGUAUUAAUGGAAACUCGAGUUUAACUACAGGAUAUUGUCCUCAAGUAUGGGAUAGCAUUCUUUGUUGGGCAGAAGCACCUCCUGGAACUCUAUCUUCCCAACAUUGUCCCAGUUACAUUGCAGGAUUCAAAUCGGGUAAUGCCACCAAAUACUGCACAGAAAAUGGAACCUGGUUUUGGUUUAACAACAGUAUUGUUAAUAACACUUGGACAAAUUAUACAGAAUGCUUAAAUGGCCCAACGGGAACCAUUGUUACACCACCCUCAAAUGAAGGGAACCUCACAUUAAUUCCAAAGUAUUUACCUGCUGUCAAGGCGAUCUCACAAAUUGGCUAUAGUGUCUCCUUAUUUACUCUCAUUAUAGCAUUCAUUAUACUGGCAAGUUUCAAGAAACUGAGAUGUCCUAGAAACAUCUUACAUAUGCACCUAUUCAUUUCUUUUAUUCUUCGAGCUGGACUGAGCCUCCUAAAAAACACACUCUUCGUAGGAGGAUUAGGACUUGCUUCUGAUAUUGCUGUAGCUGUCGAUGGGCAGUACAUACAUGAUGAAAUGACAUUAAAUUGGAGCUGUAAACUUUUAAUAAGUCUCUGGCAAUAUUUUAUACUCGCUAAUUACAGUUGGAUACUUAUGGAAGGAUUAUAUCUGCACAAUCUUAUUUUCCUUGCAUUAUUCUCAGAUACAAGUGCAAUCACAACAUAUAUUAUUUUGGGUUGGGGUUUACCCUUAUUGUGUGUUAUACCUUGGGUGAUAAUUAGAGCAACACUUGAUGAUCGUUUAUGCUGGACUGCAUAUUCAAACCAUAAUUAUUUUUUACUGAUCAGGAUUCCUAUAACUGUUUCCAUUCUUUUGAACUUUGGUCUGUUUCUUAAUAUAGUAAGGGUUCUUCUGUUAAAACUCACCGCUUCAAUAUCAGAAGAAAAAAGACGUUUCAGGAGAUGGGCAAAAUCUACACUCGUCCUUAUGCCCUUAUUUGGUGUUCAUUAUGCUAUCUUUCUUGGUAUGCAAUAUGGAUUUGAUGAAUGGGUGGAACUUAUUUGGCUUUUGUGCGAUACAACUUUUUCAAGUUUUCAGGGAUUUUUCGUGGCAGUUCUUUAUUGCUUUUUAAAUGGAGAGGUCCAAGCAGAAGUUUUAAAAAGAGGCAGAAACCAACAACAAGCAUAUAGCAUGAGUGAAAAAUCAUCAAUGCCAAUAAUGGGAAUCUUUCGAAAUAAGAAAAAUAGGAAAAGAGGUGGAAGCACUAUUGAAAGUUGUAUGACCAGUUUCAUAUCAAGUGUUACUACUGAUCCACAAAGACGAAUGACUUUACAAUCAAAUGAUGUUAAUCAGUUAAAUGAAUCUAAAACGGAAGCCUCUCUUCUGCAAAAAGGAAACAUGCAAAAGAAUGAAAUGGACAUGAAUAAUUAA